ACUCGAAGGACCUCCCACUUUAGUGUAAAAUCCUAGCCUGAAGGAUUCAGUUACAUGUAAUAUACCGGUAGUCCAACUUUGAUUUUGGAUGGCAGACAUGAUCAGGACGCUGAGCAGAAGUGUGCAAGCUGUUGUCAGACACACGCCGUGGGGUCCAUGGACACGUAGGACACCGGUCCGGCACUUCACUUGUCCCCCAGCUGCUCUCCACUGCCACCAAGACUUUCUAGAGGUUCACUACAGAGGCAACCGACUGCAGUUGGACUACUUGUGGCUGAGGGAUAACUGCCACUUAGCCUCUUCCAACAACUUCACAACCAACCAGAGGAAAGUUGACACCGCAAGCAUCGAUCUCAACAUUCGUCCCGAGGACACAAAAGUGGAAGAUAACCAUCUCAUCCUCACUUGGCCUGGUGGUCACAUAUCCAAAUACAGCCUCAAUUGGCUCUCUGAAAACAGCUACGAAGGAAGAAAACAGCGCAUUACCCAGCCACGUAUUCCCUGGAAUGCUGACAUCUAUAACAAGGCAAAUGUGGCCCCUUUGAAAUGGGACACAUUUAUGAGCAGUGACGAUGAACUGAAGACAUUUUUGCAGACCUAUCUUCUCUAUGGGAUUGCUUUCGUGGAAGAUGUCCCUGCUACAGUUGAAGCCACAGAGGCCGUUUCUUUGAGGGUCAGUCUUAUAAGGGAGACGACAUAUGGGGGAAUGUGGUGCUUCACUUCAGAUAAUUCAAGAGGAGACAGCGCUUACACCAACAUGGCUCUGGACCGCCACACUGACACAUGUUAUUUACAUGAACCGAGUGGAAUUCAAGUUUUUCACUGCCUCAAACAUGAGGGAACAGGAGGAAAGACACUCCUUGUGGAUGGAUUCUAUGCAGCAGAAAAUAUUCGCAAGAACUCCCCAGACCAUUUUGAGCUGCUUUCCAGUGUUCCUAUCAGAUAUGAACAUCGUGAAAACGCUCCUAACCAUUUUUGCUGCCUGCAAGGCAUCGGACCCAUCCUGAAUGUCUAUCCUUGGAACAAUGAACUUUACAUGAUAAGGUACAACAACUAUGACCGAUCAGUGACUGAUACCAGCCCUCAUGAUGUUAUCCGACACUGGUAUGUGGCUCAUCGAGAAUUAACUACGCAACUCAGGCGACCAGAGAAUGAGCUGUGGGUGAAACUGACUCCUGGAAAAGUGAUUUUCAUCGACAACUGGAGGGUCCUUCACGGGAGGGAAGCUUUCACCGGCAUACGGCAAUUAUGUGGAUGCUACCUGACCCGAGAUGAUGUUCUCAGCAAAGCACGUACUUUGGGGCUGCAGGCCUAACUCCAGAUGACGACAGCCCUUUGACUGUGGUAUUCUUCAGAACAUUUAUCCUCCAUUUGCAAAUUAAUGCUGCAUGGAAUAGGUUGGUUAGCAACACUAAAUUGUCCUUAGUAUGUGAAUGUGAGUUUGAAUGUUGUCUGUCUAUGUGUGUUGGCCCUGCGAUGAGGUGGCGACUUGCCCAAGGUGUACGCUGCCUUCCGCCCGAAAGCAGCUGAGAUAGUUUCCAGCACCCCCGUAACCCCGAAAGGGGCAAGCGGUAAAAAAUAGAUGGAUGGAUGGGUAUUCUGUGAUUAUUUUCAUUGUUUGGGCCAUUGAGUGAAAAAAAAGUAACAAUUUAUUUGAGACUCUUUCCAUCCAUCCAUCCAUUCAUCUUCUUCCGCUUAUCCGAGGUGGGGUCGCGGGGGCAGCAGCCUAAGCAGGGAAGCCCAGACUUCCCUCUCCCCAGCCACUUCAUCAAGUUCCUCCCAGGGGAUCCCGAGGCAUUCCCAGGCCAGCCGGGAGAGAUAGUCUUCCCAACGUGUCCUGGGUCUUCCCCGUGACCUACUACCGGUCAGACGUGCCCGAAACACCUCCCUAGGGAGGCGUUCAGGUGGCAUCCUGACCAGAUGCCUGAACCACUUCAUCUGGCUCCUCUCGAUGUGGAGGAGCAGCGGCUUUACUUUGAGCUCCUUCCGGAUGAUAGAGCUUCUCACCCUAUCUCUAAGGGAGAGCCCCGCCACCCGGCGGAGGAAACUAAUUUCGGCUGCUUGUACCCGUGAUUUUGUCCUUUCGGACAUGACCCAAAGCUCAUGACCAUAGGUCAUGCUGAUUCCCAUCCUAGUCGCUUCACACUCGGCUGCGAACCCAUCCAGUGAGAACUGAAGAUCUUGGCCAGAUGAAGCCAUCAGGAUCACAUCUGCAAAUAGAAGAGACCUAAUCCUGCAGCCACCAAACCAGAUACCCUCAACGCCCUGACUGCGCCUAGAAAUUCUGUCAAUAAAAGUUAUGAACGGAAUCGGUGACAAAAGGGCAGCCGUGGCGGAGUCCAACCCUCAAUGGAAACGGGUCCGACUUACUGCCGGCAAUGCAGACCAAGCUCUGACACUGAUCGUACAGGGAGCGGACCGCCACAAUAAGACAGUCCAAACUCCCCAUACUCUCUGAGCACUCCCCACAGGACUUCCGGGGUACACGGUCGAAUGCCUUCUCCAAGUCUACAAAGCACAGGCAGACUGGUUAGGCAAACUCCCAUGCACUCUCAAGGACCCUGCCGAGAGUAUAGAGCUGGUCCACAGUUCCACGACCAGAACGAAAACCACACUGUUCCUCCUUAAUCCGAGGUUAGACUAUCUGGCGUAGCCUCCUCUCCAGUACACCCGAAUAGACCUUACCGAGAAGGCUGAGGAGUGUGAUCCCACGAUAGUUGGAACACACCCUCCAGUUCCCCUUCUUAAAGAGAGGAACCACCACCCCGGUCUGCCAAUCCAGAGGUACCACCCACGAUGUUGCAGAGUCUUGUCAACCAAGACAGCCCCGCAGCAUCCAGAGCCUUAAGGUACUCCGGGCGGGUCUCACCCACCCCCGGGGCCUUGCCACCAGGUAGCUUUUUAAGUACCUCAGCAACCUCAGCCCCAGAAAUUGGAGACCCCACCACAGAUUCCCUAGGCACUGCUUCCUCAUAGGAAGACGUGCUGGUAGGAUUGAGGAGGUCUUCAAAAUAUUCCCUCCACCGAUCCACAACAUCCGCAGUCAAGGUCAACAGAACACCAUCCCCACCAUACACGGUGUGGACACUGCACUGGUCCAGAAUUGCUUUGAAGCUGUCCGGAAGUAAUUUUCCAUGGCUUCCCCGAACUCCUCCCAUGUUUGAGCUUUUGCCUCUCCCGACCGCUGAAGCCGCACACCGCUUGGCCUGUCGGUUCCUGUCUGCUGCCUCCGAAGUCGUAUGAACCCAAAGAGCCUAAUAGGAAUCUUUCUUCAGCUUGACGGCAUCCCUCACCACUGGUGUCCACCAGCGGGUUCUAGGAUUACCGCCACGACUGGCACCAACCACCUUGCAGCCACAGCUCCGAUCAGACGCCUCGACAAUAGCGGUACGGAACGUUGUCCACUUGGACUCAAUGUCCAGCGCUUCCCUCGUGACAUGUUCAAAGUUCUUCCAGAGGUGGGAAUUGAAACUCUCUCUGACAGGAGACUCUGCCAGGCAUUCCCAGCAAACCCUCACAAUGCGUUUGGGACUGCCAAGUCUGUCUGGCAUCCUCCCCACCAUCGCAGCCAACUCACCACCAGGUGGUUAUUGGUAGAAAGCUCCGCCCCUCUCUUCACCCGAGUGUCCAAAACAUGAGACCGCAAAUCCGAUGACAACUACAAAGUCGAUCAUGGAACUUCGGCCUAGGGUGUCCUGGUGCCAAGUGCACAUAUGGACACCCUUAUGUUUGAACAUGGUGUUUGUUAUGGACAAUCUGUGGCUAGCACAAAAGUCCAAUAACCAAACACCACUCGGGUUCAGAUCCGGGCCGCCAUUCUUCCCAAUCACGCCUCUCCAGGUUUCACUGUCGUUGCCAACAUGAGCGUUGAAGUCCCCCAGUAGAACGAGGGAAUCACCUGGGGGAGCACUCUCGAGUACUCCCUCGAGUGAAUCCAAAAAGGGUGGGUACUCUGAGCUGCUGCUUGGGGCGUAAGCGCAAACAAGAGUCAGGACCCGUUCCCCCACCCGAAGGCGGAGGGAAGCUACCCCCUUGUCCACUGGGUUGAACUCCAACGUGCAGGCUUUGAGCCUCUCAAGAGAACUGGUUCCAGAGCCCUUGCUUUGCGUUGAAGUGAGUCUGACUAUAUCUAGCCCGAACUUCUCCACCUCACGCACUAGCUCAGGCUCCUUCCCCCCCAGCAAGGUGAUGUUCCACGUCCCAAGAGCUAGCUUAUAUAGCCGAGGAUCGGACCGCCAAGUCCCCUGCCUUCGGCUGCUGCUGAGUUCACACUGCACUCGACCUCUAAUACUCCUGCUAUGGGUGGUGAGUCCAUUGGAAGGGGGACCCACGUUGCCUCUUCGGGCUAUGCCCGGCCGGGCCCCAUGGGCCACCAGGCGCUCGCCAUCGUGCCCCACCUCCGGGCCUGGCUCCAAAGGGGGGCCCCGUUGACCCGCGUCCGGGCGAGGGAAAUCUGGGUCCUUUCUUUGUGAGGAUCUUAACUGUUAAAAUAUAACUACAUUUCUGACAGACAAAUAAUUAACUGACAAGAAAAUUAGGCCCAACUCAUUUGUUUUCCUUUUAAUUAGUUUGACACAAUUUUUAUCCUAUUUGACUUGGACCAGAAUUAAAUUAAUAUUUUUAGAGUAAUUAAUAAUUCAUACUUUAGCAAACAAAAGGUAGACAGAAUAGAGAGUAACAGAAGAUUUUGGUGAACUCUUGUUAUUUAAUGUUUUCAUUGAAGACACAGCAGGACUGGAGAAACAUUUCUAAUAAAGUUUAAUCUAAAUGCGCCCUGUCAUUCAUUCAUUGCGUUGAUAUUUAAACAAACUAUUUUUGAUUGUCACGGUGAUACAGGACCAAGUGCAUCCCAAUUCCUCUUGUUUCUAAAUGUGUGAUGCUUAAUUUAAUCAAUAGAGUUGGUAUGUUAUGUAGUGUGUGAAAAGUAAUUCCUUUUUACAUUGUGGUUCGAUUGUGCUCCCCGCUGGCAAAAUGGGUAACGGCAAGAAAUACACAAGGUCCAGAUUCCAUAGUAAGGGAUGAUCAUUAAUUCUAGUCAUGUGUUCUCCUUGGUGCUGUACAUUAUUCAUUGGGUCAAAAUAAUCGUGUCAAAUCCAAACAUUUCUGACAGUAGACAGCAUGUGUUAGAUAAAUCUUCAAUUAAAUCAGAUGAGAUGUGCAGAUGCACUUGAUGCUGAGUGUACACGUAUAUUCAGCCUAGGCAGCAACCUCUUGAGCUGAGGACACCCAAGGCUAAACGCAGAAGAUGUUUUGUGUAUUUCCUGUAUGCAGCACGAGUCCUACUCUGACUCCCAACACUAAAACAUGAGGAGACGGCUGUGGUAACCAUGGAAACCGCCGAGGAUACUUAAGUUGUCGUGGCAACUCGGUGAAUGAGAGCAUUCAGACUGGAUGUGCUGCUAUAAUCAGGCCGAGCAUGGUGACCAGUCCAAUCCAUAGGUUCCUGGGAUGACGCCAAUGUUUGAAAAGAGAAAAGGAAAUCUAAAGCAGUUUACAAAAUAAUUGACUUUAUUGUGUGAAAUGUCUUCUGGCAGUGACUGAGAAUGUACAUUUAUAACCACGUGUCCAAUUAAUAAUGAACAAUGUUUUUCUAGCGCUUAACUUCAAGCUUGGAAAAUCUCUUGUCUUUGAUGAGCCAGAGAGAGAUCGUAAAUGGGUUGUACUUGUACAGCGCUUUUAUACCUUUUUUUUUUAAGGAACUCAAAGCGCUUUGACACUAUUUCCACAUUCACCCAUUUACACACACAUUCACACACUGAUGGCGGGAGCUGCCAUGCACGGCGCUAACCAGGACCCAUCAGGAGCAAGGGUGAAGUGACUUGCUCAAAGACACAACGGACGUGACUAGGAUGGUAGAAGGUGGGGAUUUAACCAGUCACCCUCAGAUUGCUGGCACGGCCACUCUCCCAACUUCGCCACGCCGUCCCCUGAUGAAGGUUAAGGCUACAUAGCUCAACGAGCAUCCUUCUUUGCAUGGAGUUAAAAAAUGGCAGCAAAUGCAAACAGUUAGUUAAUUACUUAAUCAGUUAGUUAGUGCUGGUUGCUAAGCAAUGCAACAAGCUAAAUGUCCUACAUUUAGUCAGACAGGUCCUUACCAGGCACAUAAAAAGAGCAGCCAUUACAAACAUAUAUAUAUAUAUAUAUAUAUAUGUAUAUAUAUAUAUAUAUAUAUAUAUAUGUAUAUAUAUAUAUAUGUAUAUAUGGCUUCACGGUGGCAGAGGGGUUAGUGCGUCUGCCUCACAAUACGAAGGUCCUGCAGUCUUGGGUUCAAAUCCAGGCUCGGGAUCUUUCUGUGUGGAGUUUGCAUGUUCUCCCCGUGAAUGCGUGGAGUUUGCAUGUUCUCCCCGUGAAUGCGUGGGUUCCCUCCGGGUACUCCGGCUUCCUCCCACUUCCAAAGACAUGCACCUGGGGAUAGGUUGAUUGGCAACACUAAAUUGGCCCCAGUGUGUGAAUGUGAGUGUGAAUGUUGUCCGUCUAUCUGUGUUGGCCCUGCGAUGAGGUGGCGACUUGUCCAGGGUGUACCCCGCCUUCCGCCCGAUUGUAGCUGAGAUAGGCGCCAGCGCCCCCCGCGACCCCGAAAGGGAAUAAGCGGUAGAAAAAUGGAUGGAUGGAUAUGUAUAUAUAUAUAUAUGUAUAUAUAUAUAUAUAUAUAUAUAUAUAUAUAUGUAUAUAUAUAUAUAUAUAUAUAUAUAUAUAUAUAUAUAUAUGUAUGUAUAUAUGUAUAUAUAUAUAUAUAUAUAUAUAAUAUACAAAAAUAUUGUUACGCCAAGCAAGAAAUAGUCCAGACUUUAAACACUAAUUAAAAAAAUACUCCUGGAUGUCAAGUGGAUAACUUUUUUUUUCUCAUUGAAAACCAAAAUAUUUUUUUUAAGAACCAAAAAGCAUUUAUUGCCUGGAAAAGGAACCAAGGUGAAAUGAAAAACGGGUUCACCUUACGGCCUAGUAUCAUAGAUGUUAUUUUCUCCUCAUACGUUGUCACUCUUUCACUGACUGCAGCUCUCCAUGUUAUCCUGUCUUCUGCAAGGUCUUCCCAGUGUGUAGUAUCUAUUUCCCAUUGUUUCUAUGUCUUCUUUAAGCAAUCCUUGCAGCGUUUUCUCUGCCCACCACCAUUUCUUUCCCUUCAUCUAGCUGACAGUACAACAUCUGUUUUGGCAGUCUUUCGCCAUUCAUCCGUACAGCAUGCCCUGUCCAUCGUAGUUGGUAUUUAAGAAUUGUACUCUCUACACUGGGAAGCAUGGCCUGUUCAAGUACACUGAUGUAUGUUCUCAUAUCUUGCCACUUAAUAUUCAUCAUCUGGCGUAGUUAUCGCUGUUGAUACCUUUCAAGCGCUGUGAUACGUCUUUGAUAUGCUGUCCAUGCCUCUGAACAAUAAAGCAAAGUUGUAACAAUU